GAAUUUGUGUAUUUCUGCCUCUAUUAUUUAUUUCGUACUCUGUUUUCAGUAAUCGCCAAACAACGCGAGCGUACGCACAUUUCUUCUCUCUGGCUGUGCAUUUAUUUUUCCCUCUGACAUCAUUCGCGGGUGAAUCUCUGUGUGUGCUUGGGUUUUAGUUUCAAUUGUUUCCUUUUUUUUUUUUUUUGAUAUAUAAAAUAUAUAUACAUUUUUUUUUGGAGUCACGAGCUUAUUUCCUGCACAAAUAUCGCUCUUUUUUCACUGCCGGCAGUUUGAAAAUCGUAAUGCGUGGAAGUCGGUGCCGUUGCGCAGCCGCUGAGAAAGUGACGAAAAAUCCGAAAGUUAAGAAGGAUCCACUGUCGCCAGGACACGAUACGAGGGAUCAGAAGGAUCAGCUGGAUUUCUGAGAGGGAUCACAGCGAUCGAUCAUCGACUUCCAAAACCAAAAACAAAAAAAUCAAAAAGAAUAAAACUGCCGCCAAGACAUUCACCUUGCUCUUCCUCUGCUACCACCAAUCAUGUAUUCGGCGGUCCGCACCCACGACUACGACUAUCCCGAAUCGGAAAUGGACGAACGGGAGAGCCUGUAUUUCGACACCAUAUCGCUGGCCGAGUCGGAAGCGGCGGCUGCUGCCGCGGCCCAUCGCAAAUCAAUCUCGCAGUCGAGGAACACCAUCUACCAUUCGGCUGUCGAUCUUGCCGGAGAUGAGGGCAGAAGCAGCAUGCGUUUGGGUGGCAGCGGAUCAGCAGCCGAACAUUCAGCGCUAGCCUGGCAACCCGGCUAUCGGCAAUCGACAGCGCUGGAGCACUUGAACGGUGGUGGCGGUAGCGGUAAUGGUGAUCAAACGGACGCCGCAAUCGCUGCCCAAAUAACUGCCCUACAAAAUGGACGAAACCACCUGCCCACGGGGAUCGGUGUGACCGGAGAUGGAGGACAAGGAGGUGGUGACGAUGAGGUCUCUAGACGUCUGUUAAGAACUAGUAGCAACAUUUCUAAUAAAGAUAAGAAAUUGCCAAUAACAUACUCCCAGUGGAAAUCAAGGACGUACAGACGUUUCGAUGAUGGCAAACGCAGCGUGGACUUUGUAUUGGCAUACAAUGGAGAGGAUCAAUCGGAGGAGCAUCGGCGCAAGUGCGAGAUCUUCGAGGCGAACCUGCAGCGGGAGGGCUUGCAGCUGGAGCACAACAAAGUGCAGCGAGUGCAUUUUAUCAAGAUUCAUGCACCGGCGGAUGUCCUGUAUCGUUAUGCGGAAAUACUCAAGAUCAAGGUUCCGCUGAAGCCAAUUCCCGGUCAGGAUCAAAUAUUCGCCGAGUCGGCGCAUCAAUUUAAAUCCUGCUUCAGCCGCAUGUGUCGCAGUCUCUUUAGCUCCGUGCAAUUGAAUACGGCUCUGUUUCCGGAACGUGAACCUCGCAUCCAUCUUGAGUUCUCCCGCAACUAUCUGGAGCUGUACGACACGGAGCAUCCAAACUUCCUUGACGCCAGCACCCGCUAUUCCAUCAUCAACUUUAUUCUGCAGCGACAGCAUUUCAUCGAAGGCGAGGAGACGGCUGACAAUCUGGGCAUCGAGAAGCUCGUCCAAGAUGGCGUUUAUACCUGCGCCUAUACCCUGCACGAUAAGGACGAUCGCGAUCGUCUGCUCAAGGAGUGGGCCAACAUAUCCAAGUGGAAAAACCUGCAACCACUGGACCAAAUUAAAGACUACUUUGGAGCAAAGGUGGCACUAUACUUCGCUUGGCUGGGAUUCUACACGCAAAUGCUGAUACCCAUUAGUGUUUUCGGAGUGUUAUGUUUCCUGUACGGGUUCAUCACGUGGAGCAGCGAUCCGAUUAGCCGGGACAUUUGUAACGAUAAUGGGACAAUAAUGUGUCCACAGUGCGACCGCAGCUGUGACUUUUGGCGACUAAACGAGACAUGUACCUCUUCCAAGUUCAACUAUCUGAUAGACAACAAUAUGACGGUGGUGUUUGCCCUAUCGAUGGCCAUUUGGGCUGUGGUAUAUCUGGAGUUUUGGAAGCGCUACUCGGCUGGUCUGGUGCAUCGCUGGGGACUGACAGGUUUUACCCACCAUGUGGAGCAUCCGCGUCCGCAAUACUUGGCCAAAAUAUCGCAUUCGAGAAGGCUGGCCGGAAAAGCUUAUGAACAGGAUCAGACUGGCAAACGGAACGUUUUGGAUCCGGAUGUGCCCUUUUGGAGUAUCAAGUUCCUGCCAAACUUCACUAGUUAUAGCAUCAUGAUAUUGUUUAUUUGCAUAUCAGUCAUUGCCAUAGCCGGAAUAAUCAUCUAUAGAAUGGCACAGCGAGCUUCACAUAGCAUUCUGGGCAGUGAGAAUUCGAUGACCUUUAAGGUUAUGAUCCUUCCGAUGACGGCGGGUAUCAUUGACCUCAUUGUAAUCUCGCUGCUGGACAUGGUAUACUCUAACUUGGCAGUGAAGCUAACCAACUACGAGUACUGUCGCACUCAGACGGAGUACGACGAGAGCCUGACUAUCAAAAACUAUGUGUUCCAGUUUGUCAAUUACUACUCAUCACUUUUUUACAUCGCCUUCCUCAAGGGCAAGUUUGUCGGCUACCCGGCCAAGUAUAAUCGGGUACUGGGCUUUCGCCAGGAGGAAUGCAAUCCUGGCGGCUGCCUUAUGGAGCUCUGUAUGCAGUUGGUGAUUAUCAUGGCUGGCAAGCAGGCGAUCAACGCCAUUGUGGAGAUGCUAAUCCCGUAUCUAAUGCGCACCUUUAAAGAGCUUAGCUACCGCCAUGGUUGGUACAAGAGUCACCAGGAUCAGCGUCUCGUGCCCUAUAACCAAUUCACCGAGGACUAUAAUCUACUGCCCGCCGAGAACAAUUCGCUUUACGUUGAAUACCUUGAAAUGGUUGUGCAAUUUGGCUUCAUCACCCUGUUUAGUUUGGCCUUCCCCUUGGCGCCGCUUUUAGCCCUGCUAAACAAUGUGAUAGAGGUGCGGCUGGACGCCAUCAAGAUGCUGCGCUUCCUGCGACGGCCAGUUGGAAUGCGAGCUCGCGAUAUUGGAGUUUGGCAUAACAUCAUGACCGUCGUCACCCGGAUAGCCGUGGCCUCGAGUGCAAUGAUCAUCGCAUUUAGCACGAACCUUAUACCGAAAAUCGUGUACGCCGCCUCUAUGAAUGAUCCCGAGCUUAACAACUAUCUGAACUUCACGCUGGCUGUGUUCAACACCAAGGAUUUCCAAGUACAGCCGUUGCUGGGUGGCAGUCAACAUGUAAACGAGACCGUGUGUCGCUACACCGAAUUCCGAAACUCGCCAACGGAUCCGCACCCCUAUAAACGUCCCAUGAUAUAUUGGAAGAUACUGACGGGUCGGCUGGCCUUCAUCGUCAUUUACCAGACCUUUAUCACCAUGCUACAGGGUAUCCUGCGUUGGGCCGUACCGGAUGUUUCGGGACGCCUGUUGAAGCGCAUCACACGGGAAAACUUCUUGUUGCGGGAGCACAUCAUCGACUACGAGAAACAGCACGCCAUGAAGAUGGCACAAACGGAACUGGGUAACCAAAAAACUUCGGAAAGCGAACCGCGUCAGCCUCAAAACGAGACUGUAAUCCUUAAACGCGAUGAAGCCACCUCCUUUGUUUAAGGAACGGCAAAUGGGAGCUGCAUGUACAUCAGAUCAUUCCUUGGUUUCUCGAGCAUAACACGUAGUUAGCAGAACUUUUGUAUAUACAGACAGGCGAAUAUGUUGGGAUCCAUCUAAUGUUAUCGCAUGGAAGUUGUGCUUCGUACUUAAGAUGAUUUUUGUACUGUGUUUGCAUUGAAAAUGCUCAACGAAUACGGGGGCAUCGGAGCUCCAAGUCAAGCAAUUGCAUUUUUAUAUACACACACGAAUAGGGUUUUAUAUAUAUUGUUAAUUGAUUUUCCAAACGGAUCGUAUUGGGUAUGAAUUCAUGCAACUCCCGGCAGAAGAGCCUAGAGAAUUGAAUCAUCAUCCCGUAAGAUCAUUGUGUGGCCAAGACGCUUUAGCAGCACACAAAAUCGAAAACAGAAUAUACAGUUAUAGAGAUAUGUAUUUGAAUAUUUUUACAUUAUAUACACACGUCCAAAGUGCAUUAACAAGGAGUAUUUAUAAUUUAAAAAUAAAAUUGAAAAAAGAAUGGAACCUUUGGUAGCUAUUUCUACAUACCUAUAGGGAUGAUGGAUCGAUCAUGAAGAAAUCGAUAAGAAUAAGAAACGAAUUAUAUAUAUACCACAAGAUGUGUGCAAGUUAUAAUAUGCUAACAUUAAACACUAAGAAACAAUCCAAUGUACCUUACAAUGUUACCCACAAACUCAGACAUAUACAUAUAUGGUAUGGUUCAUCCUCUCCCUCUAAUCCAUUGUUUUUAUUGUUGAUUAUUGCCAAGCGAGAGCAUUGCACAUUUCGCAAUAUUUUGUAGAACUCUAAAUGCUACCAGUACGUACACCUAUAGUGAAUUGUUGUUUUGAUAAACAUAUUUAUACGAUAAUAAUAACAAUAACAACUACGAUUACGAUAGAUAUUAAGCCAGAAACGAAUUGUUUUGUGUGCUGGUCUGCAUGUGAAUCCAAACAAAAAAAAAAAGAAGUAACAAAUAAAAAAAUGGGUUUAACUCCAUUAAUGUUAACAGUGAGAUAUAA